GGGGGUGGUUCCGACUGGUUGUUGACUUAAUUCUUACUACCGGACAAUACGACGGGUGCGUUGAGAUUUGAGGGCAGCUUGUAUUGUUUCGUUGGACCACAAAGGAGGACCAACUUUGAGCGAGUGAGGAAACCGGAUUCUGUGCGAAGGGGGAAGGGAAGGAAGGAAAAUUAAUUAACGGAAAAGGCAAUAAUACUGAGUAGGGGCGGAAACAAUAUCAGAAAAGUUGUUCUUCUGCAGUGAUUCCGGAUUUGCGCAACUGGUUUUGGAUUAGGGGGGAGAUGGAGUACGUAUUCGAGGUGUUCUUCGAGGAGUCGUUCCGGAAGUUGGAGCGAAGUGGACUCAAGUCGCGCAAGAGUCGCCGGGACGUGAUUGACCACCUGAACGCGGUGAUAUCCGGAUGUAUUGAGGGUCGGCAGACGGCCUCGGCGCAGUUGGCGGUGGCGCUGGCGGUGAAGUCCGCCAUAGACUACCACCGGAAGAUGAAGUAUGGGAAUCACGAGGUUUGCAUGAUGGGGAAGUUCCAUAACGUGUUGUAUAUUGCGGUACGGGUGGCGUGGGAUUGGAGUCUGGAGGAUUCCGAGGUGAUACGGACGUUGUUGGAGGAGAUCUACCAGUGCGAAAAUACGUUCGAGAGGAUCUUCCUGGGAGCGUUGUUUGGAGCCAAUGCGCCUCACUUCAUAGCCGGCUGGAAGAGUGACUUCAAGGAUCAGGACGAGAAUCUGCGAGCGCUGGUGUUCUUUCUACACCAUGCAGGGAAUUCGAAACUUUGCUUUCCGCAUUACUCAUACGCGUACCAUAACACCAUGCCAACCAAAUUCAUAGAUAUUCCAAUAGAAUCUUGUGGGAAGGCUGCACCCCUAAGGACAGCUAUCCAAGCAUCAGCUCCCGACAUCGUCAUGAUUCUUCUCCGCCACGGUGCCGACCCGAACCCGGACGACGGCGGAGCUCCCCCAAUCAUCAGCCUGCUGGACAAACUGCGCGAGAACGAAAACCGGUCCUACCCGUACCAGCUGGUGUCCUGCCUGAAGCUGCUCCUAACCUGCACCGUCAUGGUCGAGCUUCCCUACAAACCCCACCUCUUCCACGUGCGCAAGGAGAUGUUCGAGCUCAAGUACGGCACCCUGCUCCAGGACAACCUAAUCCCGCGCGAGCAGGUCUUCGGGGUGCCCAAGCUGAAGCUGAUCUGUCGAUGCCGCGUGCGGAACCUGCUGCGGAACGCGUUCCAGCUACCGCGCGGAAUCGCCAAACUGGCCGUGCCUCGCAAAAUUAAGAAAUACAUUGAUCUGCUCGACUGAU